UAACCUUCUCCCAAUCCCUUCUCUUUUCUUCUCUAUCUAGCCAUUAUUUUGCUUCCUUUUUCUGAGUGUUGCUGAGUGUUUAAUUAUCAGAAACGGACCUGCAUUGGCUUGAAAACAUUCAUACGUCUAUAUAGCCUUUGUGCCAAAGAAUUACAUAUCUACACAGUUAAAAUUUCUUAACAUAUAUGAUGAAAGGUUUUAACAUGCUCUGUUGCAUGACUACUCUGCUACUUAUAGUUUUGCUACUCCCUAAGUUUGCAUUUGGUAGCCAUAAUUAUGGUGAAGCACUUACCAAGAGCUUUCUGUUUUACGAGGCUCAAAGAUCUGGUUACCUUCCUCAUGGCCAAAGAGUUCAAUGGAGGGGUAAUUCUGGUCUUAUGGACGGAAAAGCUAGUGGAGUGGAUCUAGUAGGAGGGUACUAUGAUGCAGGGGAUAAUGUGAAAUUUGGGCUGCCAAUGGCAUUCACAGUUACUAUGAUGUCAUGGAGUAUCAUUGAGUAUGGGAGGCAAAUGGGUGAAAGUGGAGAGCUUAGUAAUGCCAUGGAUGCUGUUAAGUGGGGUACUGAUUAUCUACUUAAAGCUCAUCCAGAGCCAGAUGUCCUGUAUGGAGAGGUUGGAGAUGGCAACACAGACCAUUACUGUUGGCAAAGACCAGAGGACAUGACCACUUCAAGAGCCGCUUACCGGAUCGAUCCAAGCCGCCCUGGAUCUGAUCUUGCCGGGGAGACAGCAGCCGCCAUGGCUGCUGCUUCCAUUGUCUUUAGAAAGAGCAACCCUGCCUAUGCCAAGGAGCUCCUAACUCAUGCCUAUCAGCUAUUCGAGUUUGCAGACAAAUACAGAGGCAAAUAUGAUAGCAGUAUUACUGUGGCCCAGAAGUACUACCGAUCUGUCAGUGGGUACGCGGACGAAUUACUGUGGGCCGCUGCCUGGCUGUACAAGGCAUCUAACAAGCCGUAUUACUUGAACUACCUCGGGGAGAACGGGGAUGCACUUGGUGGAACCGGUUGGUCCAUGACCGAAUUUGGCUGGGACGUCAAGUAUGCUGGUGUUCAGACUCUUGCUGCUAAGUUCCUAAUGCAAGGAAAUGCUGGUACCCAUUCACCUGUGUUUGAGAAGUACCAGGAAAAGGCUGAGAACUUUAUGUGUGCAUGUCUCGGAAAGGGUAACCAAAACAUCCACAAGAGUCCAGGAGGUCUCAUUUUCAGGCAGAGAUGGAACAAUAUGCAAUUUGUCACAAGUGCUUCAUUCCUUGCCACUGUCUACUCUGACUAUUUGGCCUCUGCUAGAAAAACCCUCAAGUGUUCAUCUGGCUCCGUAUCACCAACCGAGCUCCUGGCAUUUGCCAAGUCACAGGUUGACUACCUUCUUGGAGAUAAUCCAAGAGCCACAAGUUACAUGGUUGGAUAUGGAAACAAUUACCCGAGACAAGUUCACCACAGAGGUUCCUCCAUCGUCUCUGUGAAGGUUGAUCCUACUUUUGUUACCUGCCGUGGAGGUUAUGCUACCUGGUUUAGCAGAAAAGCGAACGAUCCCAAUCUUCUAACCGGAGCCAUUGUUGGCGGACCUGAUGCUUAUGACAAUUUUGCUGAUCAAAGAGACAACUAUGAGCAAACUGAACCAGCUACCUAUAACAAUGCUCCCUUGAUUGGUGUGUUAGCAAGACUCCAUGGUGGUAAAAGUGAAUUUAGUCAGCUUCUUCCAGUUGCUAUUCCUCAGCCAAAACCGGAUCCAGAGCAAAAAGUAACUCCAGCCCCAGCUUCUGACAUUGCUAUUGAGCAAAAGGAAACAUCUUCAUGGGUUCACAAGGGGAAAACUUACUACAGAUACUCAGCAAUAGUAACUAACAAGUCUUCUAAGACACUGAAGAACUUGAAGCUCUCAAUAUCCCAGCUCUAUGGUUCCAUCUGGGGUCUUUCAAAGUAUGGUGACUCCUACGUAUUUCCCGACUCGUUGCCAUCUGGAAAAACCUUCGAGUUUGUGUACAUUCACUUUGCUAAUUCUCCUGCAGUGGUCUCCGUAUCAAGCUACACUCUUGUCUAAAAUGCGAGAGUUUCUUUUUUGUGCAGUUGUUUGUAAUUUUCAACUUCUGGUUGGUUUGUAGUUUGAGUUAUUAGUGCUUUAGUUGAUGAUCAAGUGUAGGUUAAAUAAAGUAAGACGGAUAUCUGGAGGAAGAAAGGAGUGAAGAGACGAAUUAAAACAAGUGCUCAUCCUCUUUCUUCUCCCACUUCAUUUUGUCACAGGAUCGAUGCAUAGUAUUUGAAAGAAAUUUGCUUCUCCACAAAGAUCGUAUGAAGUCUUUCUUUUCCGUUGUAUUUAUGCAACUUCAAGGUUUUCGUGUUUAUAAUAUUUUCUCCUCUGGUUCUUGCGA